AUGGCAUAUCUAGCACAAAGUGUCGCGGUGCAUGUUGUGAAUUCUGAGAUAUCUAUACCCCUUGGGAUAUUCAUCGGUUUGAUGGCAUCCUUUAUCCAAAGUGUUGGGCUGGCAGUGCAACGCCGCAGUCAUGUCCUCAACUCUCAGCUAUCGGAAUCGGAACGGAAAGCAGAGUAUCGACGUCCCCUGUGGCUGCUUGGUUUUGUGGUCUUCAUCACCUCCAACAUCCUUGGAUCGUUGGUGCAGAUCGCAUCUCUGCCCGUUGUCAUACUCGCACCGCUUGGUGCAGUCUCGCUCCUUUGGAAUGCCCUUUUUGCGCGUCUGCUUCUGCGCCCGCCUCUCAUUCUUGGAACGGCAUUGAUCGGGGGUGGCGCCGCGCUUAUCGCUGUGUAUGGGAUCAUGCCCGAGACGACACGUGGUCUGGAUGAGCUUAUUGCUCUUUUCGUGCGUCCUGCGUUCCUUGUCUGGUUUUGUGUGGAAGCUGCCUUAGUGGUCGUGUGCCUCAUUGUGACACACGUAGCCGAGUACUCGUUCGCAAGGCGGGUCGAGGUUAGGCCAUAUGCAUUCUUUCAAUCCGAUGACUUGGACCAACCAUUGCCGGGCUCCGCUUCGCUGGCGUCGCCUUCUCUCUCCUCAUUGGGCGAUCUCCCAACACGUCAGGUGUUCAGUUGCAUAGAAGAAUCCGGAGCAAUACAUCAUACCGAUGAGCGCACACCGCUAUUGUAUUUUAAAGGGAACGGUGCGCGUUCUACAUCUCCGUGCUCGAGAUGUUCAUCCUCCCAAACUCGUGACUCUGCUAUAACAACACCUGCGCCAUCUCUUCCAAUUGCAAAUCGCACUGCACUCCUUCUUGCGUUGGCAUAUGCUGCCACAUCGGGGAUAAUGUCUGGCCUCUGUCUCAUCUUUGCGAAGUCUGGUGUGGAGUUGUUGUUGUUGACGUUGGGUGGAUCGAAUCAAUUCUAUAGAUGGGAGGCUUGGGCUUUGGUUGGUGGAUUGGUCGUAUUUGCAAUCGGUCAGUUGUGGUACCUAAACCAAGCAUUGAGGCUGGCAGAUCCUGCCUUCGUGUGUCCAUCUGCAUUUUGCUUCUACAACUUUUCGUCAAUCCUGAAUGGGCUCGUCUACUUUGACCAACUCAGGCACCUCCCUGGACAGAACAUCGUCCUCGUUGUCAUAGGGAUGAUUAUAUUGCUUGGAGGCGUGUGGACUAUUAGUGGUGAGGCAGGAGUAGAACAUGUUUGGCUGGACCAGCCUGAUGAAGAGGUUUCCGAGGCCGAGGCCCCCACCUCUAGUGUGGACGAGGUGGAUACUGUGGAAUACCCACGCGGAAAGCAGUCGUGCAGUGAUGGAAGACUCACUGCGGUACCGAUGGAACGCAACGCGUAUUCGGAGGGAGCUCUUGAUGGAGCUGCUACUGUUUGGGACAUGCCAUCGCCACGCGAGGUGUCGCUGCUGUCGGGCCCGAGUCAUGCCCUUGGAGGAAGUCUAACUGAGCGACGCCGUGGUGCGUCUCAACGGAAGACAGUCCGCUCAUGCACAGAUUAUGUGUUGCCAAGUGCCAGGACAGGAUCUUCGCAUCGACAAUCCACAACAGAGGUGGAGGCUCAGCGUAUGAGUGGGCCUACGUUGAGCGUUCUGCGAACGGGAGUAGGUGGGCAGGCGAUAUCACCGCCUGGAUUGAUGAUUGGGUUGUCACCGGUGAGUCCCGGGUUUGGGGUAGUGGGAGGAGUGGAAUGUGUCCCUCAACGGGGCCACCAGACCACUCGAUGGAGAAAGCUGGGAGGGAACAGGAGACGAACUGUAAGUGAAGGAGACCGCACACUAUUAGCACGAGGGGAGGGGGGGCCAACAGGAGAGGAGGAUCCCAAAUGGGGAUGGAUCGGCCAGGUGAUGUGGGGGCGGCGAGCCAAUCAGGAGGCGUCGUGA